AGCCGUGCGGUGUCGUCUUGCGGAGGCGCGCGCCCGCCCGGCCCCGCGGCGGCUGUGGCGCGUCACGCUGUCCCCAGCCGGAGCCGACGAACCGGGAGGCAGUGUCCGCGGCUGGCGUUCCUCCUGCUGCGGUGGCAGAUGGGGGCGACCCGCGGUGUCUGAGGUUAGGACUGGCUGGGCCGUUACAGCGCUAUUUAACCCCGAGACUGACUUCACUAUAGAAACACAGUUGUAUCAAUGGUUGGGGAAAGAUAGUGGUGACAGGCACAGGAGAAACAGCUUUGAAAUACAAAAAAAUGAGCAUGCUAAAACCAAGUGGGCUUAAGGCCCCCACCAAGAUCCUUAAGCCUGGAAGCACAGCCUUGAAGACACCGGCUAUUGUUGCAUCUCCAGUAGAAAAAACAAUAUCCAGUGAAAAAGCCUCAAGCACUCCAUCCUCUGAGACUCAAGAGGAAUUUGUUGAUGACUUUAGAGUGGGGGAGCGUGUGUGGGUGAAUGGAAACAAGCCUGGAUAUAUCCAGUUCCUUGGGGAAACCCAGUUUGCACCAGGCCAGUGGGCUGGGAUUGUUUUAGAUGAACCUAUAGGCAAGAACGACGGUUCAGUGGCAGGAGUUCGAUAUUUCCAGUGUGAACCUCUAAAGGGCAUAUUUACCCGCCCCUCGAAGUUAUCACGGAAGGUACAAGCAGAAGAUGAAGCCAAUGGCCUCCAGACGGCUCACGCGUCCAGAGCUGCUUCACCUCUGUCCACUUCUACAGCCAGCGUGACGGGCUCCUCCCUGGCCACCCCUUCACAUAUCCCCCAUAAGUCCUCCCAGCUGACAGCCAAGGAACCUGGAGCCAUGCCUCAGGUCAGCAACCUUACAAAAACCACCAGUGAGUCAAUUUCCAACCUUUCGGAGGCUGGCUCCAUCAAGAAAGGAGAGCGUGAGCUCAAAAUCGGAGACAGAGUAUUGGUUGGUGGCACCAAGGCUGGUGUGGUCCGGUUUCUGGGGGAGACUGACUUUGCCAAGGGAGAAUGGUGUGGUGUGGAGUUGGAUGAACCUCUUGGGAAGAACGAUGGUGCUGUCGCGGGAACAAGGUAUUUUCAAUGUCAACCCAAGUAUGGCUUGUUUGCUCCUGUCCACAAAGUGACCAGGAUUGGCUUCCCUUCAACCACACCAGCCAAAGCCAAGGCUGCCGCCGUGCGACGAGUGAUGGCCACCACACCUGUCAGCCUGAAGCGUAGCCCGUCUGCCUCCUCCCUCAGCUCCAUGAGCUCAGUGGCCUCCUCUGUAAGCAGCAAGCCCAGCCGGACAGGCCUGUUGACUGAGACCUCUUCCCGCUACGCCCGCAAGAUCUCGGGCACCACUGCCCUUCAGGAGGCGCUGAAGGAGAAGCAGCAGCACAUUGAACAGCUGCUGGCUGAGCGGGACCUGGAGCGGGCCGAGGUGGCCAAAGCCACCAGCCACGUGGGGGAGAUAGAGCAGGAGCUAGCCCUGGCUCGGGACGGGCAUGACCAGCAUGUCCUGGAAUUGGAGGCCAAGAUGGACCAGCUACGAACAAUGGUGGAAGCAGCUGACAGGGAGAAGGUGGAGCUUCUUAACCAACUAGAAGAGGAGAAAAGGAAGGUUGAGGACCUGCAGUUCCGGGUUGAGGAAGAAUCGAUUACUAAAGGAGAUCUUGAGCAAAAGAAACAGAUUUGUGAAGAUCCUGAGAAUACGCAGACCAAACUGGAGCAUGCCCGCAUUAAGGAGCUUGAACAGAGCCUGCUCUUUGAAAAGACCAAAGCUGACAAACUGCAGAGGGAGUUAGAAGACACUAGGGUGGCUACAGUGUCAGAAAAGUCACGUAUAAUGGAACUAGAAAAAGACCUAGCACUAAGAGUAAAGGAAGUAACUGAGCUCCGAAGAAGGCUAGAGUCCAAUAAGCCUGCUGGGGAUGUGGAUGUGUCGCUUUCCCUUUUGCAAGAGAUAAGCUCUUUGCAAGAAAAGUUAGAAGUCACCCAUACAGACCACCAGAGAGAAAUAACUUCUCUGAAGGAGCAGUUUGGAGCCCGGGAAGAGAUGUAUCAGAAGGAGAUGAAGGCUCUGCACACAGCCACAGAGAAGCUUUCCAAAGACAACGAGUCCUUGAGAAGCAAGCUGAACCAUGCCAACAAGGAGAAUGCAGAUGUAAUAGCCCUGUGGAAGUCCAAGCUUGAGACGGCCAUUGGGUCUCACCAGCAGGCCAUGGAGGAGCUGAAGGUGUCCUUCAGCAAGGGGCUUGGAAUGGAGACGGCAGAAUUGGCCGAGUUAAAGACGCAAAUAGAGAAACUGAGAGUAGAUUACCAGCAAGAAAUAGAAAAUUUGCAGAAUAAACAAGUCUCUGAACGGUCUGCUCAUGCUAGAGAGAUGGAUGCCCUGCAGGCUAAACUGAUGAAUAUCAUUAAGGAGAAAGAGAACAGCCUGGAAGCCGCCAAAUCCAAACUGGACAGAGCAGAAGACCAGCACCUAGUGGAAAUGGAGGACACGUUAAACAAACUGCAGGAAGCUGAAAUAAAGGUAAAGGAGCUAGAGGUCCUGCAAGCCAAAUGCAGUGAACAAACCAAGGUUAUUGAUCAUUUUACAUCACAGCUCAAGGCCACUGAAGAGAAGCUCUUGGAUCUUGAUGUGCUUCAGAAAGCCAGUUCCGAAGGUAAAUCGGAAAUCGAGAAACUUAGACAGCAGCUUGAGGCAGCUGAGAAACAGAUUAAAAAUUUAGAGAUUGAAAAGAAUGCUGAAAGUGGCAAGGCUAGUAGCAUUACCAAAGAGCUCCAGGGGAAAGAGCUAAAGCUUACUAGCCUGCAGGACAAUCUGAGUGAAGUCAGUCAAGUGAAAGAGGCUUUGGAAAAAGAACUUCAAAUUUUGAAAGAAAAGUUUGCUGAUGCUUCAGAGGAGGCUGUCUCUGUUCAGAGAAGUAUGCAAGAAACUGUGAAUAAAUUACACCAAAAAGAGAAAGAGUUUGACAAGCUGUCUUCUGAAUUGGAGAAGUUGAGAGAGAAUUUAUCAGAUAUGGAGGCAAAAUUUAGAGAGAGAGAUGAAAGAGAAGAGCACUUGCUAAAGGCGAAGGAAAAAUUGGAAAAUGAUAUUGCUGAGAUAAUGAAGAUGUCAGGAGAUAAUUCUUCUCAGCUGACAAAAAUGAAUGAUGAAUUACGUCUGAAAGAAAGAUGUGUAGAAGAGUUACAGUCACAACUUACAAAGGCUAAUGAAAAUGCAAGUGCUCUGCAGAAAAAUAUUGGGGAGAUAACUCGUAAAGCUGAACAGAGCCAGCAGGAAGCCACCAAAAAGCAUGAAGAAGAAAAACAAGUAUUGGAGGGAAAAUUGAUGGACCUGGAAAAGAAGAUGGAAACGAGCAACAACCAGUGUCAGGAUCUGAAAGCCAGGUAUGAAAAAACCAGUUUUGAGACAAAAACAAAGCACGAAGAAACCCUGCAGAACCUACAGAAGAUGCUGUUGGACACGGAGGAGCAGCUGAAAUCUGUCCAAGAGGAGAACAGAGGCUUGAUGCAGGAGAUGGAAGAACUGCGAAUACAGGCUGAUAAAGCCGAAGUGGCUCAGACUGCAGAAGAUGCCAUGCAGAUAAUGGAACAGAUGACCAAAGAGAAGACUGAAACUCUGGCCUCCUUAGAGGACACGAAGCAAACAAAUGCAAAACUGCAGAACGAAUUGGAUACACUCAAAGAGAACAACUUGAAAAAUGUGGAAGAGCUGAACAAAUCCAAAGAACUUCUGACUGUAGAGAAUCAAAAAAUGGAAGAAUUCAGGAAAGAAAUGCAGCUGGAGGGGAAGGCUGUGAGCAGCAGAAGAUUCUCUGACCAACCUCCUGUUGUCUUAGCCCCGCUCCUGAGCUGUGUGGGCCAAUCUAGAGAAACCCUAAAGCAGGCAGCAGCUCAGAAGUCCCAGCAGCUUUCAGCGUUGCAGGAAGAGAACGUCAAACUUGCUGAGGAGCUGGGGAGAAGCAGGGACGAAGUCACAAGUCAUCAGAAGCUGGAAGAAGAAAGAUCUGUACUCAAUAAUCAGUUGUUAGAAAUGAAAAAGAGAGAAUCCGAGUACAUAAAGGAGACAGAUGAGGAGAAAGCCUCCUUGCAGAAGUCUAUCCGGGUCACUAGUGCCCUGCUCACUGAGAAGGACGCCGAGCUGGAGAAGCUGAGGAAUGAGGUCACAGUGCUCAGGGGAGAAAAUGCCUCUGCCAAGUCCUUGCAUUCAGUUGUUCAGACUCUCGAGUCUGACAAGGUGAAGCUUGAGCUCAAGGUAAAGAACUUGGAGCUUCAGCUCAAAGAAAACAAGAGGCAGCUCAGCAGCUCCUCAGGUAAUACUGAUAGUCAAGCAGAAGAGGAUGAGAGAGCCCAGGAGAGUCAGCAAAUGAUUGAUUUCCUAAAUUCAGUAAUAGUGGACCUUCAGAGGAAGAAUCAGGACCUCAAGAUGAAGGUGGAAAUGAUGUCGGAAGCAGCCCUCAAUGGCAAUGGGGACGACCUGAACAAUUAUGACAGUGAUGACCAGGAGAAGCAGUCCAAGAAGAAACCCCGCCUCUUCUGUGACAUCUGUGACUGCUUCGACCUCCAUGACACAGAGGACUGUCCCACCCAGGCGCAGAUCUCCGAGGACCCGCCCCAUUCCACACACCACGGCAGCCGGAGUGAGGAGCGGCCGUACUGUGAAAUCUGUGAGAUGUUUGGGCACUGGGCUACCAACUGCAAUGACGACGAGACCUUCUGAUGCAGCGCCCAGGGUGGGGCUUCACAGGCACCGACACUGACGCACUUGACACCAGCAUUUUGUGUGCGGCUUCAGGAGAACUCAGAUUAUUUUUGACUCCAUCAGCAAAUCUAAGAAAAUAUUUUGGUUUUCAACAAAUUGCCCUUUAAUCUCCCCUUAUAAGUUAGAAUAAAUAAAUAUUUAAUUAGGUGAGCUUUCACUCUAAUUUUGUUUUCUUCAUUUUUAAGUUUUAAGACAUUGCACCAGAUGCCAUUACAUUUAUUGUCCCUAAGGAAACUUCGUAGAACAAGCCCUAGCCUGCAAUACCUUAUUUAAGAAACUUUAAAUUAUGCCGUUACUUUUCAUAUUUGCACUAAAAUAUUUCCAGGCUGCAUCUGUAUAUUUAGAGUUUUUUGGUUAAGCUUUGACACUGGAAUGAGUUGCAAAAAAUGUACCAUUUUGUAUUUUCAUUUACUCAGAGUAUUUUAUUCUUAAAGGGAUAUUGAGCUUUUUGCACUACCUGUUAUAGUAGUGCCUUUUUUCAGGCUUGAUAAUACUUCGGUGUGAUUAUAAAUCAUGAAACAGGUAGGAGGAGAGGAAGCCCCCAUAUUGCUCUGGGGACAUUUUACAGUCUAUAUGCUGCAUCCACCUACUCAACUAUGGUGUUUUCUUUAUUGGUUUUACAUAAUUUCAGCUUCUAUAUAUUAUAUGUAUAUAUUUUUUAAAAAUCUAUAUUUUGGGGAAAAAACACAACGUGUCUUUCUUUUCAGAUUUUUACUAUGAAAAAGAAAAUGCCUAAAAUGAUGACCAGGACAGAACAGACUAGGCAAGAAAUAGCAUCAUGUGGUUCUACAACUAUUUUUUUGUUUCUUUUUUCCUUUUUUUUCUUUUUUAACCAGAUCUAAAUAACUGGAAAGAUUUUCUCCAAUUUUUUUCCUUCUCUAGCACAUAUCCCCAGCAGUGAAUUAAGCCACUAUGAAACACCUAAAUAAACCAAUCUACAAUCUUCCUCUACCAUUUUUUUACUGUUUUUAGAUGAAUGUAUGAUGAGAAAGUCAACAUUAAUAAUAUGGAUUUUCUUAUCACAAAAAAAUAAAGGACCUCAAGCACCAAGAACAGUUUUAUCAACAGAAUCUAUUUAUCUUCAUUUGAAUGUCUUCUAGAUAUGUAAAAAGAAAUGAAAUAUAUCUUCCAUCCACGUGUAUAAUAAGAAUUUCUAUAACUGUAUAUAUACCUCUGAUGUAUUUCCCCCCUCAAGAUUUUCAACUACAUGUUUGACAAGUGAAUAAAUAAAUCUGUUAUCAGUUGAAAUUUUUGGUUGAUAACAUAGGAUUGUUUCACAGGCAGAAAACAUGUAAAGCAGUAUUAAAAUCUAAGCAAACAAGUGUUCUGUAUCUACUUUAAUAAAUGGUUAUUAUUAUUUUUCCCAAUA